AUGUCGGUGAACGCGAGCUUCUUCCUGAGCUCCACCGAGGACAAAUGCGUCUACAACGGCGCCUCGAUAGACGCCAGCGACCUAACGACGAACGGCAACCUCUGCGCCUACAUCCCAGGCGUCAACCGCGUCUGGGCAUGUUCAGCACCCGACAGAGUCUGCUGGAGCUACGACCAGACCUGCAAAGGCGGCUCGACCACGACGCCGGACGACACGCAGAUCUACUGCGGCUCCAACGGCGCCGAGUGGUGCUGCAGCGACCAGGAAGAAUGCACGCGCACCCCCGGCCAGAUCAACGUCUGCUGGGGCCUCUGGCGCAACCCCACCUACAACAUGACCGACGCCGAGGCCCUGCUGUACAACCAGGAGCACUACUCCGUCCUGGCCUCCACCACCACCGCCGCCUCCGCCUCCGCCUCCGCCGCCGCCUCGACUGCCGCCACGACGUCGGCACCCGCGACGAAUGCGGCGUCGGCGUCGGCGUCGGCGUCGGCGUCCAGCGCCGCAUCCGCAGCUGCAGCCGCAUCAUCGUCGUCAUCGUCGGCGUCAUCGCUGUCAUCCGGGGCGGUAGCGGGGAUAGCCGUGGGCUGCGUCGUCGGCGGCGUCGCGCUGGCCGGCAUCGCGGGGCUGAUUUUCUGGCGCAGGAGGAGGCGGGGGGGCAGCAGCGAUGGCGGCGCGACGAGUACGCCAGAUGCCGCGACGGAGCAAAAGUAUCGGGAAGGUGACGGCGAGGCGUUGUCGCAUGAGUUGCAUUCGGAGGCUCAGGUGUACGAGGCGGAGGGGAGUGCGGUGUAUGCGCGGGAUGGGGGUCAGGCGAAGGUGGGUGGGGCGGGGACGCAUGAGUUGCCGGGGCAGAGGUAUGCGUGA